AUGGAAGCAUCUCUGCGUUCCCUGCCCUCCUAUACCCGGGGCCUCCUUGACCAGGGCUACAGUUGGGAGCAGCUUUGGCAUCUGGAGAAAUACUUCAAGAUGGAGCCUUACCCUGACCUCAAGGCCCGUAAGGUCUUGGCCACCAGACUCAACCUGAAGGAGGAACAAGUUGAGACUUGGUUCAUCCAGCGUUCUUUGGAGCAGGAGACACGCCCUCCCUUUGCCCGGCUGCAGCCAUCCGCCCGGGAUAACACCUUUUUUUGUCCUACCCACAAAGGCCACUGCUGCCGGACACCGAGCUGGAGGUACAGGCUUGUUCCCAUCAACCCCUCGGAGCCCCCCUCAACCAGCUGUGAGCACAAUUCCUGA